AUGACCGAACGCCAAGAUUGCUUUGGUGUUCAUGACCUGACCUCCAUGGAGAUAGAGAAGAGGAAGCGGGAAGACGAGGGCGAGAUCGCCGGAAAGAGGCCAAAGAAGGGGGCUGAAGCUGCGGCGCCUGAUCCGGAGGAAGGAGAGGUGGAGGAGUUCUUCGCCAUUCUGGAACGGAUACACUUCGCGGUCAAGUACUUCCGGCAGGAUGGCGGUGGAGGCGGCCUUGAUCGAGCGGCGAAGGGGCAGCCGCCGCCGUCGUCGAAGUGGCACCCGACGUUUGAGAAGGAAGACUUUGAGGAAGUUGAUAGCGUCAAAGGCCCCGGCGAAGUCGUCGACGAGGAGGGGGAGGAGGAGGAGGACGGCGGUUUGGAUCUGAACGCCGAGCCGCAGCCGGAGUGA